GGGCUCCAUUUUUUACAAAUUUGUCAGUAUGCGUCUUUCCUUGAUUCCAUCCAAUUAACAGCCGCUACUUCCCAGAAACUGUACCAAAAGGCGAAAAAUGUCUCUCAGUCUCAUAGCAUAACCUUUCUCUUCAUUUCUAGGGCUUUUCAAGCUACAUCUAACAUGGGGAGCCCCAAAUCGGAUACUAAACGGACCGUUUCCUGCGAUUUCUGCAGCGACCAGGUAGCUGUUCUCUACUGCCGAGCGGAUUCUGCCAAGCUUUGCCUCUUCUGUGACCAGCAUGUGCACUCCGCUAACCUUCUCUCCCGGAAGCAUCUCCGUUCCCAGAUCUGCGAUAACUGCAGUUCCGAGCCCGUUUCCGUUCGUUGCGAGACUGAUAAUUUGGUGCUCUGCCGGGAAUGCGAUUGGGAUGCCCAUGGUAGUUGCUCUGUUUCCGCUUCCCACGAUCGAACACCAAUUGAAGGAUUCUCUGGAUGUCCAUCUGCGCUAGAGCUCGCCUCAAUCUGGGGAUUCGAUCUUCAGGAGAAGAAAUUGGACAAGGAGUCUUCCGUGCCGUUGAUUCAGAGCUGGAGCGGCUGUGGGGUCCAGGAUAUGUUGAUGCAAAUCGAGCCAUGGGUGUGUAGAUCUAGUGGUGGAGUGAGCUAUAUGGAUUCGAUGGUGCCUAAUGAUAAAGCCAUGGUUUAUGGGAAUGGGAGCAAUGUAGAGAUGGUGACGGUGUCGAAGAGGAAGCAGAUUCCGAGUUGUGGGAAGUACAAACAAGUGAUAUUUAAGCAGUUGAUGGGUUUGUUGAAAAGAAAUAUGAUUACCGGCGACGGUGGUGGCGGAGAGAAUUUGAUGCCGGAAACGCCGAGUAGGAACGGUUGGCACGGGAAUGUGGAGGCACCUGAUUUUGUGAAUGGAAAUGAUGGAGUUACUGGCGCUAACGGUGCGAGUUCUACAGUUCCUCAGCAACCGUUGCAGGAACAGGCGCCUUUCACAUCCUUCAUCAUGUUGCCGUCACCGAUGGAUCUGAAACCUAGUGGUCGUGUAGUUGGCGACAAUAUAAUGUGGGGUGGCAAUGCCAGUGCCCAGGGUACCCAGAUAUGGGAUUUUAAUUUAGGACGAUUGAGGACUCAAGAAGAAUAUGACCAGUUAGAAGUUAGUGAUGCAGGGUUCAUGAUCAAGAAUAUUGGUGAACUUAUGAAAGAAACUUCAUUGAGUAACACAAAAAUGUUGGGAGAUUUGUACCAUCUGGAUUGCCUUAUUGCACAUGAUGAUAUGACAUUGUUUAAUAACAACUCAAAUAACCCAACGGCCAGCCAGGAUCCAGCAACAUCUGAGAGCAACAACCUACCUAUAGCAAGGCAUUCAUCAGGCUCAACUUUUGGUAAGCUGAAAAGCUGCAGUGGUGGCAAAGAUGUCCAGUUCAUGGAACAGAAAAUUCUUGUUAGAGGUGACAGUGUGAGAACAAUGCCUGCAACGGAGGUUGAUACUGAGCUGCUGGCAAAGAACAGAGGCACUGCCAUGCAGCGUUACAAGGAGAAGAAAAAAACCCGGAGAUAUGAUAAGCACAUACGAUAUGAAUCGAGAAAGGCGAGAGCUGAUACUAGGAAGCGAGUAAAGGGCCGAUUUGUGAAGGCUAGUGCAGCUCCUGAUGGGUGAAAUCAUGCUUUAGAUAGAGCUCCUUGCUCUGGUUGUAAAUAGUAUCGACAAUCCUUCCAUAGCAAAUGUAUAAUUCAGUAGUCCUUGUUUCUUAUUAUUAUUAUUAUCAAUGUGUUGAAGCAUGAAUGUGUUCAUGCACCCA